UUUUAGCUCUUCCGAUACGAGACUCUAAUCUCUACAGUCUAAGAGAAUGAUGAUCUCUUAUCUGGUUGUGGCGUUUUCGAUCUUUGUGACAUGCUACACUCGCAGCAGGAACUGUAUAGAUGAUUUUGAUAUCGACAUUAAAGAAAGCCAGGGCUACAACUACCCUAUACCACAUUCAUAUGAAUCUGAGUACUGGAGCGAACUCCAAACUGAAUACAAAGUGACAAGAAAAAUGUCUUGGAGCAGGAACUUCUACAUUUUUGGAAAAUUUGUUGACGAAUCAGCUGCAGGAGGAGAUGAUACCAUUAUUUCAGCCGGGCUUUAUCGUGGAGAUGAGCUCAUUUACAAAACAAUAAUAAAUUGUGAAAGUGGAACAUGGGAAAACUGGAUUCUCGACAAAAAAACGGAGCAGGAGCGAAUUCUUCUUCACGGAAAAAUAAACAAAACAGUUAGCUGCAAAACUGGUGAUGAUUUCGACUUGAUCUUAAAAAAUGACAAUGACCGUUUAGCUAAUUGGAUAUUAAACGCUCAACCGCUGCAGCAUGAAGUCAGGAAAUUUAGCAAAAAAACAAACAAAAUAUCUGAAGGAAAAAGACAAAUUAGAACAGGCAUCCUGCGUCCUAAAGUCAAAGUGGACUCAAAAUACUCGACUUUCAAUGCAACACGAUUCGAAUUCACUGCAACUGGCAGAGCUGUUUUUGACCGUUUUGCUUUUGGACAAUGUGAUGCGUGGCCAAAAAACAUGGAGAUGCAGUGCCAGAAAGUUAGAGAAUGGAUUCACGCCAGAAGCAAAGCGAACAUGACGGAAGAAACCCUAGCACAGCUACAAAGUACUCCUGAUGCGAACUUUACCAGGGGACUUGGUACAUUCGGGAACAAUAUGGAGUCCUUCAUACCAACAUGUCUCACUAAAAAAUACUUCAAUUGGUUUCAAGGAACCGUGCACCCUGACCGUGAAACACCUAUGUAUCCAGGUGAACCUGCAAAUAAAGAGAAACGUGCUUACUGCUGCUGCACUAACAUGAAGACAGGAAGAGUGUUUGAAGAUGAUCCAGAAAAGAAUUGCAUAUCCACACCCACCUGUAUAACACUCGGUUGGACGUGUGUGCGAGCAUAUGACCCUGUAGUGGGCGGGGAAAUUUAUGAGGAAGGAAAAAAAGAACAUUAAGCUAAGAAAAAUGCUUAAAAAUUUAAAAACUAGUAUAGCUAGCGAAAUCUGGUAGCUCAGUAACGGUUCUAUUAUAAGGUCUAAAAUGAACGAAUUUUAUUGAAAAAGUUGAAUUAUAUCGAUGAUACAAAAAUCAGAAUAUGACUAGCAAUUAUUAUUGAAAUAAA